GCGCCUUCUCGCGCACAAGUGGUGACUGGGUACGCUUGUUUACGGGAGGCGGUAGCGUGCUGCAGAUAUGGAACUGUUUUAGUUCUACUUGUGAGAAAUAAAGCCUCAAAGAUGCCUAUGAAGGGGAGGUUUCCGAUAAGGAGGACGAUCGAAUACCUCCAGAAGUCGGACAUCUUCUUCAAAAAUACUGUGAAGAUCAUGACUGUCAACUACAACACGCAUGGAGAACUGAGCGAGGGCGCAAGAAAGUUUGUCUUCUUCAAUGUCCCUCAAAUUCAGUACAAGAACCCCUGGGUACAAGUCGUCAUGUUCAAGAACAUAACACCUUCACCAUUCCUGAGGUUUUAUCUGGAUGACGGUAGUCAGGUCUUGGUGGACACAGAAGGGAAGACCAACAAAGAAAUCUUGCAGCACGUCAAGAAAAUCCUUGGAAAACCUGAAGAGGUGCUCCGUGCUGAAGAAUUAGCUAAAAUGGUUCAUUCAAACCCUGCAAACUUUGGGCCACAGAAGUAUUUCCCACGGGAAUGCAUGUGUGAAAUGGAAGGGCAGGUACCCUGUCCCGGACUGAUUCCUUUACCAAAGGAGAUGAGGGGCAAGUACAAAAUGCAGGCUGAAGCCGAAGAUGCCUGAUGGUGUUUACUCAAGGCUAGAAAUCUGCAAAAAGUUCACACGAACAUUUGAUUUUUUUUUUUCAAUACAAAAUAAAGUGGCUGGCAUCUGGUUGCACACCAAGAAGAAACAGUUUUGCUUUGUAAUUCAAUCUUCUACUUUUUAUUCAAUGGAACAAAUUAUGAUCAGGUAUGUGGUUCACAUCUA